GCAUCAACUUUUGUCUCAUUUACCGACCACUUACCCCAAAAGCAGCGAGUGAAUCUUAUCCUCUUCAAUCCCAUUGUGAUAUCGUCCACGGAGGGUAGCGUUAAUGGCAGAUCCGAGUGCUCCGGGCCAACCCACGGUCACCAACGACGAGAAUUGUCUAAAAUACACCUGCGAUGCUGGGUUUUUCUCUAACGCAUACCCCUCCGACACUCCUAACCACGACGAAGAAGAUUCCAACGACCCACCAUCCAACUUUGAUUCCGAUGACUGCGACUCGGAAUGUGAUUCCAAGCCGUUGACUGAUCUGUCAGCGGGUCUUCGGGUGUUCUCUGAUUCCAUUCUUAGGAUGGAGCUUGCCGGGAUGGAGAUGGUCAAGGCGAUGGAAGCCUCGAGGUGUGAGGCGGAGAAACGGAGGGCGGAAUUGGAGGCAGAAUUGGCUCGGAUGAUGUUCCGAACUCAGUCCCAGAUCGCUUCGUUUGUCGCUGGAGAUGGAGAAAACAGGAAAAGGAAGCGCGAAGCAGAUGACGCUUCAAGGGACUCCUCCGUCAGACAAAGAGCUUUGCUGCUGAGCUUGUUGCAGUGCAACUUACUCUUCUGAAUUUCACUAAAACUAAUGGAAUAAUCUUUGGCUUAUCUAUCAAAGUUGGUGGUGACAAUAAAGCCAAAAUCUAUAUCUAUGUAAUGUACUAAUAAUUAUUUUAAAUGAAAAAUCUAUGUAUGGCAGAUAAUUACCAUA